CACUCGCUCUCACUAAAUCAAGCUAUCUUUUCAGCCCUCCCAGCUGAACCUGCCAACUCCCAACCUCACUGCUUCCUCCACCCCAUCCCAGUUCAGGUGCUAGUUUAAUUGAAAAUGUCUACAGACCUUUGUCCUGUUUACGCGCCCUUUUUCGGUGUUAUGGGCUGUACGGCAGCCAUCGUCUUUGCCAGUUUCGGUGCUGCUUACGGUACUGCCAAGGCUGGCGUUGGUAUCAGUGCAAUGGGUGUUUUGCGUCCUGAUCUGAUUGUUAAAAACACUAUUCCCGUCGUUAUGGCUGGUAUUAUUGCCAUUUACGGUUUGGUCGUCUCGGUGCUGAUUUCCGGUGGCCUGAAGCAAAUCCAAUCUCUCUACACUGGUUUCAUCCAACUUGGUGCCGGUCUCUCUGUUGGUUUGGCCGGUCUGGCUGCCGGUUUCGCCAUUUGGUAUCGUCGGUGACGCUGGGGUGUCCGUGGUACCGCCCAACAGCCUCGUCUCUUCGUUGCCAUGAUUCUUAUUCUUAUUUUCGCUGAAGUUUUGGGUCUUUAUGGUUUGAUUGUUGCUCUUCUGCUCAAUACUCGGGCUAGCGACAACGUUACGUGUAUCUAAGUACAAACUCCCCCUUUCAAGAAGUAUACAUACACUCUCUCUCUUGGAUAAACUACAACAACCUGCGUUGCUUCGACGCCCGUAAUGCAAUCAUUUCGAUGCAGACUAGGACUUUGAUUAAUACUCCCUCGCCGAUGGCAGAUGUUGCAGGCUCUGCAGUAGGUGCUAUUUCUUUGGUCCAUAACCGUUCUUAAUACAGUACAUUUCUUUUGACACGAAA